AUGGCAGCAGGGUUUCUUACACCUAUACAUUACCUAACACCUUUCCUCCUUCUCAUACCAUUAAUAUUCAUCCUUCUCCCUAAACCGGGCUCGUUCCCUGAAUUACCAGGUAUUAGACCUAUCACCAUACGUCGAGUGACACCUCGUCGAUCAACGAUAUCAACCUCACUCCUCUUACUUGCCCUUUUGUCAUUCGGCGAUAUCAUCAUUUUGGUAGCGGAUUUACUUACGGCUAGGACAAGACAUGGUCAAGAUAUACCACCUCAUCUCAAAGGAGGUCAACUAGGUGGUGAAGUGAUUUAUACCUUAGGUGGAUUGAUCGUAUGGGGUCUGACAUUGGCUGCGGCUUGGUGGAGAGAUAGAUGGUCUGGAAGAAGUUUGGUUAUACUUGGUAUCCUCGCUUUGGGCAUGGAAAUUCCAAAUUUGGUUGGGUUGGUCAUGAGAGAAAUACGUACUGACGGCUACGAUAAAAUAUUCACUAUUCUCUCACUUGUACCUUCAUCUUCUCGAUUACUCAUCUUACCAAUCUUCUUAUUCGCCGCUUCAUCCCCUCGAGUAUCUUUCGAACCGGCGGAUGAGCAAACUGGGCUUCUCAGCGAGAACACAGAUGGUCGGAUUGACCCUAACUCCGCAUCUGAAUAUGGUACAUUCGAUACAGAUUCACAGGAUCAAGAUCAAGACCAAGAUCAAAAUAAGUCAACAGCUGCACCUACCAAUGCCCCUUCAACCCCCACUCCAGCUCAAGGUACAACUAACAACGCCACCGCCACCACUGAGACUGCUACCGCAGCUGCUCAACCUAAGAAAAUCAAGAUCACCAAGAAGCUAGGCGGUAAACGAGAAGAGAAAAAAGAACUUUCCUUCAAAGAGGCUUGGCCAAAAUUUAAGUUGCUGAUUCCAAGAUUAUGGCCAUCCACUUCCAUCAAACUUCAAUUCUUCGUUGGGAUGACCGGAGUCAUGAUUUUCAUCGAUAGAGUCUUGACUCCUUUAGCACCUAUCUCAAUGGGUUUCUUAGUUCGAGCUUUAACAGAAAGAAAUUCCGUUGAUAUCUGGAAAUGGCUCGGUGUUUACUUGAUCUUAAGAUUACUCAACGCUUAUGGAAUCCUCAGUGCCAUUCAGCAAGCGUUUUGGAUCCCUGUCGUCCAAUAUACAGAUAGGGAAAUGCAGAUGCUCUGUUUCCACCAUUUACUUGAUCUUUCCCUGGCCUAUCACACCAAGAGAAAUACAGGUGAAGUCAUUAGAAUCAUAGAAAGAGGUUCAGCAAUAAACGAGUUAUUCAGAACUGUCCUGUUCAGUGUGAUACCAACUUUCGCAGAUAUCAUCAUUGGAUUCUCAGUGUUCAUCUGGCUAUUCGGACCCCUCAUGACCGGAUCAGUACUAUUGAUUAUGAUACCUUACAUGGUAUUUACAUUUUUCUCAACACAGUUCAGAAAAGCCUUGAGAAGACAAUACGUCGAAAGGGAUUUGGAACAACGUGGAAUCGUUUCAGACGUCUUGAACAAUUGGGAAAGUGUCAAGUACUUCACAGCUGAAGGUAGAGAAUUCGACAGAUUCAAAGAAGCCGUUGCGAGCGUACAAGAAGUUGAUUAUAAAUGGACAAUGGGAUAUCAAGCUAUCUACGCCGUCCAAUCUUUACUCCUCACACUUGGUUUCGCUGUUGGAUCAAUCAUCAUAGCUUGGAAUAUCAUGCGUGGUAAAGGUGAUGCUGCUCUAUUCGUUAUCUUCAUCCAAUAUUACGGUUCAUUCACUUCACCUCUCAAUCAACUGUCCGGUCUUUACAGAUCAAUCUCAACGGAUAUCACCGACUCUGAAAAAAUGUUAAAUCUCUUAGCUGAAAAAACGGAAAUCAAGGACGAUCCUGACGCAGAAGAAUUAGAGGUGACAGAUGGAGUCAUCGAAUUUGACAAUGUCUGCUUCUCAUAUGACGGUAAAGUCGAAGCAUUGAAAAACGUUUCAUUUAAGGUUGGCAAAGGAGAAUCAAUGGCUUUAGUGGGUGAAACUGGAUCAGGUAAAUCAACUAUAUUAAGAUUGAUCUAUAGAUUCUAUGAUGUUACAUCAGGAAAAAUCUUGAUUGAUGGACAGGAUAUUUCUAAAGUAACUCAAAUCUCAUUAAGAAAUGCAAUUGGAAUUGUACCUCAAGAUUCAGUUCUAUGGAAUGAUACGAUAGGUGCCAAUAUAGCAUACGGUAAACCAGAUUCGACAGAUGAAGAAAUUAUUCAAGCUGCUCAAGCUGGAAAAAUGCAUGAUAAAAUAAUGAAUUUUGAUGAAGGCUAUGAUACUGUUGUAGGUGAAAGAGGUGUAAGAUUAAGUGGUGGUGAAAAACAAAGAGUCAGUUUGGCAAGAAUGUUUCUGAAAUCUCCUGCUAUUUUGGUACUGGACGAAGCUACUUCAGCUCUGGACACUGAAACAGAACGAGAAAUUCAGAAAUCCCUCUCAGCAUUGGCAAAAGGCAGAAGCUCACUUUCUAUCGCUCAUCGACUGUCCACGAUUAUAAACUCGGAUAGAAUCGUUGUUAUGAAGAACGGUGAAAUUUUGGAAAGCGGUGGAUACAAAGAAUUGGUUGAUAAAAACGGGGCUUUCGCAAGGAUGUGGAAACGACAAAUCUAUACUGAAGCUGAAUUACUCGAAGAUGACGAUGUCGAAAAAAUCGCCAAUACACUCCCAACAGCUGAUGACUUCAGACAACGAGCUCAUUCACACGCCGAUGGCAAGAAGUCCGAUACAAAGAAUGAUCAAGAUGGACCGAAUGAUGGUGAUACUGAAAAACCAAUUUCUGCCGAAUCCUCUGCGUCUACUGCUAGUCCUCCAGACAACCAUAAGUCGCCUGAUUUCAUUGAUCUCAACGACAAGCAGGAAGAAAUCUCGACAGGUUUCACACUUGAUGCUCCUCCUCCUCCUCCUCCAAUUGUCGAAGAUCCCAAGGCUACAUCUUUCGCCGAUGCUGUGAAAUCUGCCCCUGAACCUGAACCUGAACCAUCCCCCUACCCCUCUACUGAGGAUCAAGCUGAUACGAAAGAUGGUCUCGAGAUUACCCCUGAACAUGUCGAAUUGACCAGCGGCGCUACUGGACCAUCCUCUGUAUUAGAAGCUCAAGAUCCCAUGAUCGCUGCUGGACCAGUUGGAGCUCAUGAUGAUACCCUCGCUCCUACUUUCUCUUCUGACAAGGAAGAACACAAAGUUCAAAAGACGACCAACCCCACCAUUGAAAUCCCUUCAGUCCCCGAACCAACUGCGUCCACUAAGAGAGUUGAGGUUACCGAUACAACAACAUCUUUGAACUCCCCUCAAGAUUCAAAUGACAAAGAAACUACUACCGACACAGUCUCACCAGGUAAAUCAUUCCCUAUCGAAUCACCUAAACCAUCUACUUCACCCACAGUGCCAUUCCCAAGUUCCGUUUCGAACAAAAGAUUCUCGACUAUAUCCAAUUCGCCUUCGGUAUCUUCUGCUUUAUCGUCUAACGGUACAAUCGAAGCAUCCGGAUCUUCACCGUCAAGAUCAGAUGGGCAAUCACUAGGAGGAGGAGAUAAAGACAAAUCCGACAAGAAACGUAAUCGAUUAAGUUCAAUCAAAGGUUUUGUGAGAAGAAUUUCGGAUCAAGGUUUGACUAGAUCGCCAAGUGGAUUGAGAUCACCUGCAUCAGAAGAUUUACCACCAAUAUCGAAUGCCAACGAGAAUGAGAAUACCCCACUGAUAGGAAAUAACCAAUCUCAAGAAGAGAGAGAAAGAAAGAUUUCUACUCACGGAUCUAUCAAUGACAAGAAGAAGAAAAAGAAGAAGCAAGGUAAACAUUAA